GAGCAAGAUGUGAGGUGAAUGUUGCAUGUGUAACCAGUCUGGAAACCAGUGUCCAUGUGUGUCACAGUCUAUCUCACACUGUCACAGCACUUGUCAACGUGUUGUAGUGUUCGUCUAAGGUUUAUGAAUUAAAUUCAGUUUCGUUUUGUGGUUGGAUUUUUUUCGGUGGUUUUUCAAACAACGGAUGAUCGGUGUGUCUAAGUGUUGCAAAAACUGCUUAAAAGCAAAUUUUGCUUGAAAGUAAAAACUAAAGUACAGACACUGUGUUUUGUUCGGCUGUGGAAAAGCUGCUAUAAUUUCUUUUAAUUUGCUCAAUUUUAUGUGGUCGUAAAUUGAUGUUUUUACAUGUAUAUUGGUUAAUGGGAAUUAUUUCCUGCUGCACAACGCACAGCGAGUGGAUCAAUAUAUCUGUUCAGAAAGUAAAGUAAUAUUUCAUUUUAAGUGUUAUUUAAUGUCUAAAAACAUUGUUUAUCAGCUAACAAGUGUUUUGUACUCUAUGUUAAUAUCUGCUUAAACUACAUUUCAGUACAGAUAAUAAACGAAAAUAAGAUUUUGUAAUUAUAGUAAGCAGGUACGUUAACUUAACGUUCAGGUAAAAAAUACUUUUAAGCUGGAUGUAUGUCUUUUUUUAGAAUAAAGUGAAGUGUGUUAUCAAACUUAUGACCUUGAAUUUGGAAUACAAAUUGUUUGCUUUUUCGAUGAUUCAUAUUCGAGUGUAUGGUUAACGCACAUGUGUAUGAAAGUUUAAAACAAGGAGAUUCCUGGAUUAAACGGAUAUUAUCGUAGUUUUUGGAUUUUUACGACCAGGAUUUAACUCCUAACUUGUUUAACUUUAUCAAGGGCGGGGUGUAGGCGCGUGUAGCGGGCAGACGACAUGUCAAACGGGGUCCCGCAGAUGAAUGGGCCUUCCAGUCCCACGGGCAAAUACAUAGAUACCAUAGAUCCAGAUGAUGAACAGUACCAGAAGAACUUGAGACGACCAGCUGAGGUGAAGGAGGACAUCAAGCAGAUGUCGGACCGAUCGCGCGUCUCGCUGAUCCUGAACAGCGAGGCAUUUCGUCGAGAGCUAGAGGAGAUCGUAGAUGAACAGCUCCGACAGGGCAAUGCACCAGCAAGUCUGCUCGCGCUACAACAGAUCUCCAACCUACUGCUCCCGAACCACAAGUUUCCACAUGGCUCCAUUAAUGCAGGGGCGCCGCCAGUUAUUCCAGUUGCUGACAUCAAGGGUACGGAAGCGAUGGGCUACACAAAGCAAGAGAAAGCCUUGCGGUGUAAACUGGCCGCCUGUUACAGACUUGUGGACAUUAACGGCUGGUCACACAGCAUAUACAACCACAUUACGGCACGUGUAAGCCAGGACACUGAACACUUUCUCAUUAAUCCCUUCGGCAUGAACUACUCCGAGAUCACCGCCUCCUCCCUGGUGAAGAUCGACAUACGAGGGGAGGUAAUUGAUCCAGGAACGACGACUCUCGGGGUUAACCAGGCCGGGUUCACGCUACACUCGGCCAUCCACCAGUUUCGGCCAGACAUCAAGUGCAUCAUUCACCUACAUACACCAGCAGUAGUCGCGGUAUCUGGUAUGAAAUGUGGCUUCCUACCCCUGUCCCAGGAAGCGCUGAUCUGCGGAGAGAUCAGUUACCACGAGUACAACGGAAUCCUCAUCGACCAGUCAGAACGUGAACAUCUGCAGAGAAACCUUGGACCAAUUAAUAAAGUGAUGUUGUUACGUAACCAUGGUAUUGUGGCCUGUGGCUCAACGGUGGAGGAGGCCUACCAUUAUGCCUUCAAUGUAAUCUCUGCGUGCAAUUCACAGAUCCAGGCCAUACCCGCAGGCUUAGACAACCUUGUACUUGUGAGUAACGAGAUCAAAGAGAAGACGUUCGCGAUGGCAAACCAGGGAGGUGGGGGUGUGGACUCCUCGGGGAAGAAGUGGAAAAUUGGGGCAAUGGAGUUCGAGGCUCAGAUGAGGAUUCUUGAUAAUUCUGGUUACAGAACAGGUUACUCGUACAAGCAGCCCAACAUUAGACGUGAUGUGAGACGAGACAAGUCCAAUGCGGAGGUGGAAGUGCCUCCCUCCUCUAGUUCCUUUACCUAUGUCUUCGAUGGUGACGUUGAACACUCCAAAUACAUGUCCCCAAUCAAGGCUGCCAUGGAACGUCAGAAGCAGCAACACAAAGUUGGCUGGCUGAAUUCCCCGAAUGUUUACGUGAAAAAGGAGGAGGAGGAGACUGGCACACAAAACCCCAAGAAAUACACCAAGUGGGUGAAGGACGAAGUGGAGGAUGGUUCGCCCAAAAGAAGCACAGCCAUAAAGGUAGAUCACCCAAACCAGUUUGCCCCCCAAGGAUCCGACCCCAGGGAGUUCAAACAGAAACAGAAAAUGAUUCGCAAAGACUAUUAUGAAGAGAGGGUUUCAGCAGGUCCAUCGUCUAAAUACCUGGAAGGACUCAGUUGGGAGGAGGCUGAAAAACUCAAGCAAAUGGAACAGAGCGGUGGUCAUGAUGGUUCCCUUAGUGCCACAGGAGACAGUGUGAUUGUUAUAGGAGCAGCCUCCAAGGGCAUCAUCCAGAGAGACCAGCAGCACAAUGUACAGGUGUACAAGUCCCAGUACGCUGCAAACCCAUUUGAGCAGAUGUCAGAGGAGGAGAUAGAACGCUACAAGUGGGAGGUGGAACAUAGGGGACAGGGUGAACUCCCGCCUGUACAGGAGGAGAAUCUAGAGCCAGGCCCUGAUGGUAAACUGAUCUCCACAGAAGAGAGGCUUCAACAGGUCCAGCAACUAAGGGCAGAUGACUCCCAGCCUGCAGUGGAUGUCAGUGAGGACGGCCGUGGGGAUGGAUAUAGAGUUAACGCAACCCCCGUUGAACCGAUAGUGAUAACCGAAACCCAAACCCCAGUUGCAUCUAGCCGAGAGGCAACUGGCAGCAUCUCCUCUUCGUCGUCGGUGCCUGCGAGUCCGGGCGGAGCAGCUGAUCGACCCCCAAAUUCCCCUGUGACCCCAACGACCCCUACGUCAAACUUCCAGCGAUCAGAAUCAGCUAGGUACCCCCCAAAAAGCCCUGAACUUAUUGAUGAGCUGAAAGCAAAGAAUUUUGAUCGCUCUAAAUCCGAACGUAAGGGAAAAAGCAAGAAAGAGAAAGCUGUUAACGGUGACGACGAGCAGAUGAGAUCCCCAGCCAAGUCUGACACCCUUCGGUCCACGGACAGUGCCAGUGGUGGUGAAACUCUGGAGGAAUCCGGGCGUAGCAGCAAGGAGGGGUCCCCAACAAAGGAACACCCAUCCCCCACAAAGGAGAAGAAAAAGAAGAAGAAAUUUAGAAUGCCAUCUUUCUCUAAAACUAAGAAAAAUAAGGAAAGCAAAGAAAGUUCAAUUUGAAACUGACUUACUUUUAGAUUCAGCAUAAUGCAGACUUAAACAUUAAAGUGAUAGUUUAUGUUUUACUUUUUAUAUUUUGUUACCUUGCAUUUGAUUGGAUGGUUGCAAAUGUCAAGGUGCGAAGCUAUAGAUACUGAACUGUCAUUGGUCAAUUCGAAAUUCAAAAAUUUGAAAAAAAAAGUAAAUGUGCCAUUACAGUUCGAAGGUGCAAAUUAAAUGUAAAAAGUCAACAAUUUAUUGGUCAUUUGAAUUACAUCGUUAGAAAACUGUAGAUAUGUGACCAAGUCCAUCUUUAUAUCAAGAUGUUGUUACUGUACGUGUUCAAAACGGAUACAAUGUACCCAAGUUUAUAGCAACGUUAACCUUGCUUUGAAUGUAGCCAGUGGCAUACUGGAGUUUGACAUUUAAUUUUUAUUAUAAUUAUCAGGAUACUGGACCUGUGCAUGCAAUAGCUGCCUGUUAGGUUUUUAUCUGUUUUUAAUCCUGCUUGCCUAGUUGACAUUCAGAGGUCAUUCAAUGGACAGCUAUGGUCACAUUCCAAGCAAUAGCUUUUUGAUGAAAAGUAAAUGGAUUGUUGGUACAUUGUUUGUUGUUGAAUGUGUCAGUUUUCGAAGUUCAAACAAGUGAAUUGUGAUUUUGAAAAAAAAUAUGAAGCAUUUAGGGGGGCAAUGUGAUGGAUAAUUUGUUGAUAAAUAAUGUUUGUCAUGUGUCUUAAUUAGUGAGUAAGUAGUGGAUGGCUUCUUUAAAGAGAAAGCAAUGCCACGGAAUUGUUUCAUGUUUGUUUUCCUAGUGUAAAAAUCAGUGUGUCCUGAAACGGACUUAUGAAUUUCAAAAAGAAGUUCAAUUUUCUUAAGGUGACAAAGUUUAAGGACUGCUUGGAUUGGCCAGCUUCAUUGAAUGACCCCGAAUGUCAAUUUCAUCGGACCAUUACGUGUAAAUUCAUUGUCUUCAUUUUCAAUGUUUUUUUUGUUUUAUUUUCUGCCCAUUUGCUGCUCUUCCACUGAUGAUCAUAUUCCGCUUAUCAUGGCUUAUAUUCAAACACAUUAUUAUAAAUUAGUGGUUAGUGUUGUGUAUUUGAAAUAUUUAAAUUAUUGUAUCACUCUAUUGCCAUGGUUACUGGUAUAAUUGUUGUUAUAGUUACAUUUCAUAUCUCCAUUGCAAUAAUACCAUUCAGUGCAGAAUAAGCAUAUUUUUUGGCAUAUAUCAAGCAAUGUACGGUAUAUGUAUUUUCGAUGGAUGAAUGUUCAUUGGACAAAGAAGAAUAAGAGGAAUAAAAGAAAAUUCAAUGAAGGAAUUUCUUUUUAGAAUUUUGCAUUUUACUUGUAUAUUUUAUAUCCAGACAUAUGGCUUCAGUGUUUUAUGUAAUAUUAUUGGGCUUAAGAAGGGGGCUUGUAUGAUGGAUGUGAUUCCAUAUAAAAAUAGGAGUUAAGUCCGUCUGUCGCGCUUACAGCCCUCGCUAUGUGUGUUUGUCCGUUUAUUGAGUUUGACACAUUUUCGUUGUGUGUUAAAAGGGGUAUGUGCAAAAAAUAAUCGCAUCUGCUAGGGAAUUUGUUGCAUUAAAUGAACAAUAUUUCCUAUUUUGUUUAAUUUUGUUACAAAAAUGGGCUUUGUAAAAAUUUAUGGUACCAAUUUUUCUGAAAAAUAUUUCUUGGUUCUGGAGAUUUCAAAUUGUUAAAACAUUUUUUUCUGUGUUUUAAACAAGAAUCUUUUGCAUUUAUUGUUAAAAAAAGCAAAUGCCUCCUUCUUUUUGAAAGCAAUAAUGCCAGAAUCUUGGAUUACGCCCAAAGGUUACGCCCACAGUCAGAAUCUUUGAUAAUUUUUGUUUUGUAUUUUUUCGUUUUUCAAAGAUCUGUUUAAAUGAGCAAUUGUUUUGUUUGGAUGCUCUAACGUCUACCUGAGUGUGGAAUACAUGUAUAUGAUAGAAAUUAUGUUGAGAUCGGAGCUUAUUUGCGUUUUAAGCAUACUAAGAUGGUUUUGGACAGAAUGCUUGUUUAAGAGUUUUUGCAUAGUCAUAUUUUGGUUACCAUAUAUGUUAAUAUCACAUCGUAUAGGUAUUGUUAUCUUAGUGUCUUAAAAUUCUUUUUGAAAGGAAAAUAAAUUAAUCAUUAAUUUUAACAAAAUUGUGGCUUAUCAGUACAUGUAUAAAAUGACAUAUUUACACACCAUUGGUGUAAACUUAAAAUUGAAAAAAUAAUAAAAAAAUCUUAAUUUUAUAAAACUUACAUGUAUAAACUAAUGGAUUUAAAAAUUACCUGGUUAACUUGGCUUCAGCUUUUAGUGGGAUACUUUGAUGUUUUAUACAUUUAAAGUUUCUUUGCCAUUAUUUGAUGUAAUUGGAAGACUUAACUUUUUUGAGAGUGCCUCUGACAGUGUAAUAUAGCUUUUCAUUUUAUUACGGAAUAUAUUCUCUGUGAAUAUUUAACACAGAUUUUUAUUCUGCAUUUGUAAAAGUUUAUUAUUACAAACACAAAUACACAAUUUACUAAGGUAAAUUUAUUGUAAAAAAGCGGUAAAAAAAAUGUUAGAUGCAUUUAUGAAAGCUUAUUAUAUUACAGAAAACAUGUUUCACUGAAGGAAAUAUAUUGUAAAAUGCAAGGCAUCAUCAUACUUUUAAAAGAUGAAAAUGUACAAUUAUGUCCCGAUUUGUAUUAAUCUUGAUUUAUUCACUUAUAUAUACACUUAGCCAUAAUUUGUAAAUUAUAAUUGAUAAAGAUAACAUGCUUUUGAAAUAUACUGCAGAUUAUUUAUGAUUUAAAGCAAAGUUAAUAUUGUAUAUUGUCAUAAUAUUGCAAUUAUAAUUAUAACAAGUAUGUGCAUACAUCGUAUUGGCCCGAUUGUUCGGAACUUUGUUUAAGUUAACAACAUGAUUAACGACAUUUUUGUUAACUUUUAAAGGUGAUGUGCUCAUAUUUAACAAGUAAAGCUAAACCGUUUUUGUCUCAACACUUGUUUAGAAUCAUUCUGUGGAUCAUAAGUGUAUCUGUGAAGCUUCCAGAGCGUUACCAAUUUGAAGUUAACAACAACGACGUUAACAACAUUGUUAACUUGAAACAAAGUUAUGAACAAUUGGCACAAAGUGCAAAUUAUUAUCGAGUCUCAAUUUUAGUCAUAUUUGUAAACAAUCGUGGCUUCAUUGUAUGUUCUAUAUGUAUGUAGGUCUUGACCAUGUAUACCGUCAGUUAAAACUAUGUCAUGUUCAUGUAUAAAAUUACGUCACAUUAUAUGGUAAGUAUAUAAAUUCUAAUCAUUAUAGGACUUAUUCAGAGCAUAAGUAAUCCUAGAGUUUCACUAGCUCAAUAAUUGUUAUACACAAGUUAGGGGUUUAAAAUAAAUAAACUUAUAGCCUAGCGGGUGAAUAUUUAUUUCCUAAAAGAAAGGGUGUUUGAUGUAUUCUUUACAAAGAUUUUCUGAAAGAAAUAGAUAAAAAUUACUAUUACAAAAAAUAUAAUUACAAAAGUUUCUGAUCGUUUUUCAAUGAAAAUAGUGCUAAAAUUAAUGUUUUCAAGCAGUAUUGUUAAAAAAUUGCUAAAGUAGUUCAAUGUUUUGGUUGCCAGCUAGUCUAGAAAUAAUAACUGCCAUCCACUUCAAUACACGUUAAAAACAAUGAAUGUUGUACAUUUUCUGUCUUAGUAUACUCCAUAUUUUUUACGGCCAUAAGUGUUUCUAAGCUUAUAGUAAGCCUCUGUACAUGCAGUGUCCAAUAAAAAUAAACAAACUCUCAACAUA